GAGAGAGACACGUGGAGAGAGACACGUGGAGAGAGACACGGGGAGAGAGACACGGGGAGAGAGACACGUGGAGAGAGACACGUGGAGAGAGACACGGGAAGACGAGGAGGAGGAGGAGACGGGAGGGGACAAGGUGAGGCCUUCUCUGCACUGCCAGUCUGCGUGGCAUGACGACAAACAGCAAUAGCAGCAAGGUGAACAAGGCUCUCAAGGUGAAGCGCGAGCCGAACGAGAUUUUGCCGAACGCCGGCAGCGUGGCGUCACCUGACGGCGCCGCACUCACCGGGGGGGGGGGCUGCGGGGGCGGCGGCGGCGACACGGACACCAGCUGCGGUGGCGGCGGCGGCGGUGGCGGCAGCAGCGGCCCGCUGAGCGACAAUGAGCUGGUGUCCAUGUCGGUGCGCGAGCUGAACCAGCACCUGCGAGGCCUCUCCAAGGACGACAUCGCGCGGCUCAAGCAGCGGCGGCGCACGCUCAAGAACCGCGGCUACGCCGCCAGCUGCCGCGUCAAGCGCGUCACCCAGAAGGAGGAGCUCGAGCGGCAGAAGGGCGACCUGCAGCUGGAGGUGGAGAAGCUGGCGCGUGAGAAUGAGAGCAUGCGCCUCGAGCUCGGAGCGCUGCGUGCCAAGUACGAGGCGCUGCAGGCGUUCGCGCGCACCGUCGCCCGCGAGCCCAUCGCGCCCGCCAAGGUGGCGGCCACCAGCGUCAUCACCAUCGUCAAGUCGGAGAACAACAGCGGCGGCGGCGGCGGCAACAACAGCAACAGCGUCAUCGGCGUCAUCAGCAACAGCGGCAUGGGCGUGGGAAUCGGCGGCGGCGGCGGCAACAACAACAACAACAACGCGGUGGUGGCGGCGGCGUUAGGGGUGUUGGCGGGAGGUGGCGGCGGCGGAGGCGGCGGCGGAGGAGGAGGCGGAGGAGGCGGGGGAUCGUCGGUCGGCGUGGUGAUGCCGCCGGCGCACGCGGCCGCCACUGCCGCCACGGCGAGCCAGCUGCACGCGGCACACCCCACGGCGCCGGGCGGACACGGGCCUCGCUUCUAG